AUGGCCAGCCAGAAAGAAGUACUUACCAACUUCGCCCAAGAUGUUUUCGAGGCCUCAUCCUCGUCAGAGAACUCACCGUGGCAGUCGUACAACUUGGCCCCGACGUCGCGAACCGUCAAGGCAACCAGAAUCUAUGCCACUGAGGGCCUUGUCUCGGCACCCCCCCAAACGAAGCUGAGCUCGGUGGAGUCCGUGGUUCUAACCGGCAGCACAGCGCUUGUCACGCUUGACUUUGGCGUCAACACCACCGGAAUCGUCACGCUGCAUUUUGGCCCUCAGAGUAUCCCGCAGACGGUCAUGGGCGUUGCCUUUGCCGAGAGCAAGCAGUUCGUCAGCCGCACCAGCGACCGCAGCAUGGACUUCCACGUCGUCGAUGGCGCCCUGCACAUCACUGUACCCGAGACUGCCGCGCCGCAGUCGUGGACCUGUCCGGAGCGUCAGCAACGCGGCGCCUUCCGCUACCUGACCGUCUUCCUCGAGUCCGACGGUCGGGUUGAGCUGACCGACGUCAGAACGUACAACAACAUGAACCCUAGCCGCGGCGCCAACCUGCGCAACUAUUCCGGCUACUUCUACUCUGACGACGACUUUCUCAACACCAUCUGGUAUGCCGGCGCCUACACGCUCCAGCUGGCUACCAUCCCUCGCAACACCGGCCGGCGCAGCGACUGGGUGCACCACAAGAUUGGCUGGGCCAACGACAGCCCGGCCACGACGGAACAGUACCAGGAGGUGCUUACAGAUGGUGCCCGUCGCGAUCGUACCGUCUGGUCUGGCGACCGCAAUAUCAGCACCGUCUCCAACUUCAUCGCCCUCAACAAUAAGGAGGCCUCAUGGGCCGGUGUCGACUGGAUGUUUGAGCUGCAGACUGACGACGGACUGUUUCCUUAUGCCUGCAAGCCCAUCUGGCACUAUGGCAUCUGGACAUUUAUCGCCUUGUAUGAAGCCUACUUCUACCAUGCCGACGGCAGCCGGCAGGCCGACGACUGGGUCCGCCAGAAGUGGAACAAGAUCAAGAAGGGCAUGGACUUUAGCCUGGCCAAGGUCGACGACACCGGCCUGCUCAAGGUCACCUUGCCGGCCGACUGGGGCCGCAACCUGCUGACGGGCCACAAUCUUGAGGUCAACUGUUGUCUGCAACACGUCUUGUGUCACUUUGCACAGCUGGCCCGCGACGUUGCCGGCGACGAGGCCCUGGCAACCGCCUGGGCCGAUCGAUCUGGCCAGCUGAAGGAGGCCAUCAACGCUCGCCUGUGGGACGACGAGGCCGGCCUGUAUCGGGACUAUAUCGAUGCACCCGUGCACCCGCAGGACGGCAACAGCCUGGCACUCUGGUACGGCGUGGCAUCACCGGAGCGGGCAGCCCGCGUGUCUGAGGGCCUGACGGCCAACUGGUCGCCGUUCGGCCCCGUCGCGCCUGAAUCACCGAAGAUGGUGUCGCCUUUUUGUGGCAGCAUGGAGCUGAUGGGCCAUUAUGCUGCUGGCCGCCCGGAUCGCGCCCUCACCCUUCUCCGUACCAUGUGGGGAUACAUCUGGAACGCGCCCUAUGCGGUGCAGUCGAGCCUGAUCGAAGGCUACUACCACGACGGCCGCUGCUUCUACCCUUUUGGCGACUAUGACUCUUCGUACAUCUCGCACGCGCAUCCAUGGGCCUCGGGCCCGACCAUCGCCCUGACCUCCUGGCUCGUCGGCCUACGCCUCCUCGAUGUCGGCCACCACCAUUGGAUCUUUGCGCCGCAGCUGGUUUUUGACAGCACCGUCGACGAAGGAAAGAACGGCCAGAGUGGCAAGAGCCCGCUUUUCGCCAUGACCGGCUUCACUAGCGAUGCCCAGGGCUUCUUUUCGGCUGGAUACAAGCGCAGCAGCCCGGAAAUGCUGGUGCUGGCCAUCAAGGCUCCCAGAAAGACCGUCGGACGUGUCGGGUUGCCUACGCUUGGCAAGACGAUUGCCCGAGUCGAGCAGGAUGGCAUAGAGCUGUCCUUGGACUCGCUCGAGAAGGGCCACUCUCACCUUUUUCUAAAGUACGUCAAGGGUGGGAACAGAAUGUUUAUAAUCUGCUAUACAGAGUAG